GCCUCCGCCUCCAGCUCCGCCCGGGCGCUGGGAGCGGCGGCAACUUCCCCUCAAGUCCACCCGGCGGCGGGGGGAUGAUGCGAUCCAGCUGAGCGCGGCCCGAGAGGGGCGGGCGGGCGCGCCGAGGACGGGUAGCGUCGGCAGCAGCGGCAGCCCCGCCGCCCUAGUCUGAGUAGCCCGGCAGCCGCCCGCCUCAGCCCCCUGCCCUCCCCCGUUCGGGGCGGGAGCUGCCGCGGCCGUCCCAUGUCCCGCAAGGCCAGCGAUAAUGUGGAGUACACGCUGCGGAGCCUGAGCAACCUGAUGGGCGAGAAGCGGCGGCGACAGGCGGACGGGUCCGCCGGCUCGGGCGCGGCGGCGGGCGAGCGGAGCCUCAUCGCCGCCGAGUCCUGUUCCAGCCUCAACAGCGCGGCGUCGGGCGGAGAGCUGGAGCGGGCGGCGCGGCGUCAGUUCCAGCAGGACGAGACCCCCGGCUUCGUCUACGUGGUGUCGGUCUUCUCCGCUCUGGGGGGCUUCCUCUUCGGCUACGACACCGGUGUGGUGUCGGGGGCGCUGCUCCUCCUCAAGAGGGAACUCAACCUGGACGCGCUCUGGCAGGAGCUUCUCGUCUCCAGCACGGUGGGCGCCGCCGCCCUGUCCGCCCUGGCCGGCGGCGUCCUGAACGGUCUGUGUGGCCGGCGGCCCUGCAUCCUGCUGGCCAGCGGCCUCUUCACGGCGGGGUCCGGCGUGCUGGCCGCCGCCCGCGACAAGGAGACGCUGCUGGCGGGACGCGUGGUGGUGGGGCUGGGCAUUGGUGUAGCAUCUAUGACUGUGCCAGUGUACAUCGCAGAAGUGGCUCCACCGCACUUACGAGGCAGAUUAGUCACCAUUAACAGUCUCUUCAUCACUGGAGGGCAGUUUUUCGCGAGUGUUGUCGAUGGAAUCUUCAGCUACCUCGCGAAGGAUGGAUGGAGGUAUAUGCUGGGCCUGUCGGCUGUACCAGCAGUCAUACAGUUUCUUGGGUUCCUGUUUCUUCCUGAAAGUCCCCGCUGGCUCAUUCAGAAAGGCCAGACUCAGAGAGCAAGGAGAAUUCUGUCUCAAAUGCGUGGCAACCAGGCGAUUGAUGAGGAGUACGACAGUAUCAAAAACAACAUUGAAGAAGAAGAAAAAGAAGUUGGAGCAGCUGGACCUGUGAUCUGCAGAAUGCUAACAUACCCUCCAACUCGAAGAGCCUUAAUUGUGGGUUGUGGUCUGCAAAUGUUUCAACAACUGUCAGGGAUUAACACCGUCAUGUACUACAGUGCUACCAUUUUGCAGAUGUCCGGAGUGGAAGACGACAGACUUGCAAUCUGGCUGGCUGCACUGACAGCAUUUAUAAACUUUAUUUUUACUCUUGUGGGAGUCUGGCUUGUGGAAAGAAUGGGUCGCCGGAAGCUUACACUUGGUAGCUUAACAGGUACUGCUGUAGCACUCAUUAUCCUAGCUUCGGGAUUUUUGCUAUCAGCUCAGGUCUCGCCAAGAAUCACAAUUAAUCCACCAGAUCCUUCACAUCAAAACUCUACCUGCACAAAAUACAGUUAUUGUAGUGCAUGUAUGUUAGAUCCAGACUGCGGUCUCUGCUACAAACUGAAUAAAUCAAGUGUUAUUGAGUCCUCAUGCAUUCCUGUUGAUAAAGAUUCUACAAUGAAAGCAGCUUGGGGCAGGUGUUCAAAUGAAACCGUAUUCAAAAAGGAAGAUUUGUUUUGGGCAUACAACUUCUGCCCCACUCCGUACUCUUGGACAGCACUUCUAGGCCUUAUCUUGUAUUUGGUUUUCUUUGCACCUGGGAUGGGUCCUAUGCCCUGGACUGUCAAUUCUGAAAUUUAUCCACUUUGGGCUAGAAGUACAGGAAACGCGUGUUCUUCUGGAGUCAACUGGGUUUUCAAUGUGCUCGUGUCACUGACAUUUCUGCAUACAGCUGAGUAUCUGACAUACUAUGGAGCCUUCCUCCUCUACACAGGGUUUGCUGCCUUGGGACUGGUUUUCAUCUACGGCUGCCUUCCUGAGACUAAAGGGAAAAAAUUGGAGGAAAUUGAGUCUUUGUUUGAAAACAGGCUAUGUACAUGUGGUAUGUCAGAUUCUGAUGAAGGGAGGUAUAUUGAGUAUAUUCGGGUGAAGGGAAGUAAUUACCAUCUUUCUGACAAUGAUGCUUCUGAUGUGGAAUAAUUUUCAGCUGCUGAUGUAUUUAAUCAUUUAAAAGCCUUCUGGGGGAAAAGCAGCUCUCUGAUGACCUCACUGCCCUGCUUCUGGUCUGGUUCUCCUUUCUACUGUGUAUUUAGAAAUGCCUUCAUGUUCAAAAAUGCUCCAUUUGGGAGGAAAUUCAAUAUGCUAGCGUUUUCUUGAUAACUAAAAGCAAUGGCUUCCAAAAGAGAUUGAAUUCCACAGUUAUGUGACUUUACCAAGUGUGUGUGACACUCUUGCAUCCCCAGGUGUUUAGUAGGGUGCACUGUACCAGAUGAAUACAGAAGGCUAUUCUAGAUGGUCAGGGGCUGUCCUUAUCUCCAAUACUGACAAAAGCUAAAAUAAUUGACUGGCUGAUGAGAAAGCAGCUGACAGCUGUCAGAUCCCCAUCCCAUAGGAGCCAAGGAAGAAGCUCUGCUGUGCAGUACAACGAAGGACGAAUGCGUAAGCUGCUGUAACAGUAACCAAUUAAAAGGUUUAGCUGAUUGGGAAAAUACAAAUACUAGCUGUAUCCAUCAGAGGGACAUUUCCCAAAUUUACCCAAAGAGAAUUUCCAUUAUUUAUUUGAGAUAACAAGUAGAGAGCCAUACUCUCCUGGAUGGGGGUUCACUAGGGUGAUGUGUCUGUGCUACACCGGGUUAUCCACCCACUGCUGCUCCUGAGUACACACUGCAGUUGGGAGUUUAUGUUUGUGAGAGAAACUGGAAAAAUUAAUUACUGACAGCAGGAAAACAGAGCUCAGUAUGUGGCCACACAUACAAAUGUACUGGUACAUAUUGCUAGGUACAACAUAGAGGCUUCAGUUAGAAAAAAAUUCUAUUUGUUUUCCUUUUUAGCAUUUGAAAAUAUUGGUUUGUGCCUAGUUUUGAACACAAAAAUACUGUUCGCUAAAAGAAAGAGAAGGAGGGGAGAGGGUUUAGUGCUGCUAAAUGCACAGUGGUCAUCCCUCCUGUGCCUUUUGCUUGUGAGUAAUUAUUGCCUUCAGUUUAUCUUCAUAUGUGCAGAGUAAAUGACUCCCAGCACAUUUUUCUUCAAAAUUUCCUUAGUCAACUGGUGUCUUGCUGGUUCUAUAGAGAAAUACUAGCAAUGGGCAGAAGCCUGCAUCUCAUGUUAAUUGCCUUACCGAAGCAUUGCAGACUUGUCAAGAAAAUGUCAGGCACAAAACUAAAUUGGCUACCUUUAGCAUGGUAAUGAAAAUAUAAAUGGUAUUUUAUUUGCCUGUCAUGAUUACUUGCCUUGGCAAAUUGAAUUUUAUGCAGCUACAUAAAAAUAUUAUGUUAUUUUUUUUUCCUUGUCUUGUCCUCAUUGCUUUAAGUCUUCAAAGAUAUGAGUUUGAAAGAAUCAACAAUUCAAAUUCUUAUCUUUGAAACAUUUGCCUUUGUGGAAAAAUUCCUCUGCCUGUGGGCUGAUGCCCAUUUAUUUGGUAAAAAUACGUUUAUUUUUCAUUGUGUAAAGAUUAAAGAAGUCAUUAGGUUCAUUAGCUUUUAGAGAUUUGGUUUGUGGGUUUUUCUUGGGUUAAAAAAUAUUUUUAAUGUAGGAUUGUUAUCAAAACCAAGCCUGGACAUUUGUUACUAGGUUAUUUUUAUUGGAUAACAUGGAAUUUUGUUGUAAAGAAGUCUGACAUUAUGUUAUCUAAUCUUCUAUGGGGGGACUUCUUAUUGUCCAAGUACUGACCUUCAGGGACUGGGUGUGUUUUGUUUUGUUUUGUUUUCGUUUUUUCUUUUUUGUUAAUCAGAGAAAUAUUUUUGGAAAGAAAACAUUUUAAAGAAUCCUUCUGUGAUGUGACUGGGGCUAAAAGGGAAAAACAUAGGGGACAGAGGGAAUUUCAAAUGAAUCUUUGCAAAGAGCAGCUCGACCUUGAACAUCUCCUGUGUGGUGACAGGGCUGGAUUCUCAUGCCUUCCAUCUUGCCUCCCUUUAAAGUGCACAGUAUUUUUAUGCUUGAAAGCACCAGCUACAGAAAAUGCUGAGAUCUCCAGAUCUAUCUAUUGAAAAUGCUCAGGUACUCAGACCUCUCUACAAAUGCCCCCGCUGGGGAUGUCUCUGUUAGGCUGUCACCUUGCUGAAGCCUUCACUGAAGGUGCAGUACCCGAAAUGAGAAAAAGAGAUGCUUGACACAGACAAGAACAAAAUCAUUUUAAGGAGAAAUUAAUUUUUUUCUGAAACCAGGAAGUAUGUGUUUGAAGACCUGUGUGGGGAGCACUUUUGUUACCUAGUGCAGUGUGUGAACAGGUGUGUAACAGCUAGCCUGUGCUUACAUAGUUGAUAGGUUUAAGUGGGUAUUUACUGGCUUCUGGGAAUGGGGAGUUAGGGUUCUGAUCACCCCAAAAGCACAAGCCCACACUCACCUUCACACCUGUGAACGUUCCCUUGCUUGAUGUGUUUUGCUGGAGCGGGAGCAAGGCGGGACCCGGCGUCCCGGUGCCGGUCUCGUGUCAGCGCUGACCUCGCGCUUGUGCCCACAGGGAGAGGAACCGCUGCAGGUGUUGGGCGUAACUGAAGGGAAGUCGCUGGAAAGGUCACUGCCACGGGGUCAGCAGCCUCUUCUGUUUUGCAGGCAGUGCUGGGGCUUUUUAGCAGCAGAAGACCGUCUCUGUCUGCCAGCCUUGCUUCACGGACAUUCUCAAAGGGGUGCUCGGCGCGUACAGCGCUGGGCUCAUUUUCUCACACAGGUUCAGUCUUACUGAAAACAGCUUUCUGAAGGUUUGUAUCCCCUGUCCUUUCUCACAAGACAUAGCGAUUGAAACAUGCAUUUUAUUCUUCACUGCUACUGUCCAAGAGGCUACAAAAUACAGCCUCCUGGCUAUAUAUUGGCUUCUUUAUUGUCCCUCCCUGUUCUGUGCCCACAGAGAGCUGGGUUUAAGUCUUCCUUUUGGGGUUACUUCACACCAAGACAGCAUUCCAUACCUUAGAAACACAGAACAUAAUACCAAGCAUCAUGUGUAUUAAAAAUGAAAUAAGAUACUUCAAGUUAAUCUUAUGCUGUUAGGGCUUUAUUUUUAGAAUCUGUGAACAUUUAGAGUUUAUGAAGAAAAUUAGAAAAAUGUUUCUAUUUUGCAAAUAUUUUUUAUAUUUAUGUGUAUUUUAAGUUUGAAGAGAUUUUUGCUAAAGGUAGACUUAGUAACAUUCCAGAUAGAAGAAUAAGAAUACAGUGUAGCUGAAUAAUUUCUUACUACAAGACUUUAAAUUAUGAAGUAGCAUAAAUAAUAUGUCUAAGCACAAUUUUCUUUUAUUGAAAGCUUUCUGCAGAAGAUGUGAAAUUGUUUCUUCACAAGGACUGCACACAUAAUUCAGGUAUUCUGUGCAUCAGGAGUGCUAGAAUAAUACUGCUGGUAGAGUUAGGCAUAUUGAUUAUAUACAACAAUUUGAGAUAUUUUAAUUCUGAAUUAUCUAUUGACUCUACAUGUUGUGAGCUAACACCAAGUAUAAAAGAAACAAGUCCUGAUGCAUUUUUAAUAUUUUUAAAUUUAAUUCACUUUAAUUUGCAUAUAGUAGUUAGUUCACCACGCCAAAAUUCAAAAUAUGUUGGGGGGAGGAGAUAAUUUGCCACUUUUUUCUUCCCCUUGUCACUUUGUUGAUCAAAAUAAUCCUUUAACAAGAGAACCAAACCUGUUUUGAAAAUAGAUAGAGUCAAAGCAAGGCCCACGAGUCGUUUGGAGGGCUGGAGUUGCAUUGCUGUGCGGGCACCUUGGAUUGGUCACUCUCGUAGAUGUCAUUUCCUUGGGAGGUGCAGUGACAAUGCUGGCAGAAAUUGUGGGGCAAGAAAGGGUAAAUCACAAAGGACCAUUGUGCCAACACUAACUUAUUUUUGCAUGGGUUGAUAAUGCAGCAUUUCACUCAUGUAGGAGUUGGGGUUGGGAGGGAAGAAGAAGGAAAUGAUGUGUCAAAAGCACCACAAAUUCAUGUUUCAGUAAAGAUGGGUGUUGUAGCCAACAGUAGUCUCUGGCUUGUCUCCCUUGUGGGGUGAGGAUGAUGGGGCAAGGGACUGUGCUUGGUCCUGUGGAUAGGAAUGGUGGGACUGUCAGGAGAAGAAGCACUCUAGUGCUCCUCUCCCAUGCCUGUGUGGAGGUGAGGAUGUGGCAGUGGAAUUGGCAAAGCUAGUAAGUUUUCCCCUGGUGAAAUCUCUUUUGCCAUUUGUAGUCACUUGGGCUGAGCACUGGGGAGAAGUUCUGACCUUCAGGCGCUGCUACAGGCCCUGAGCAAGGGUCUUGCCUUAGGCCAUGGGAGUACUGGGUGCAGUCCCACAGGCAUUCAGUGGGCAAGGAAAAGACAGACCCUGUACUUCUCAGCUUUUUGCCCAGCUUUCAACUUCUCAACGUCAGUGCUCUUGAAAUUUUACUUGCAUAAGAGGCUUCGUUGGCUGAACAUCACUACUGCAGAAGAGGCAGAAUCUUUGCAGCAGAGAUUGAUCUCGGGGUAGAAAUCAUGGCAGAAGAGACAGUUCUGCAAAGCACUUCAAAGAGUAAGAUAUGUGUGCACUUUUUUUCUGAGAGAGUCAAGCUAACCAAACCCAUUCCUCUGCAUUGGGAAGAAAAUCAAGCUUUGCGUACCAGGCCAGAAGCAGAUAAUGCCACAGUAUGUGCUUUAUGGCAAAAUGUGUUUUUAUUGCGGGUAACAUUUACAGCUUACAUGUAGCUGCUGCCUAUAAAGUGACUCAAUUGUUCUCUGGAUUUUAACAAGUCAUAUUUUUGUGCAAAAAUCUUAGUGGUUUUCUAUCAAUCUUCAUCACCUUGUGUACAGUACAGUUAAGCAUAAUCCACAAGUGGUCUAGAUUGUGGCAGUGUUAAAAAUGUCAGCACAGUAAAAUUCUAGGUGAACAUUGUUAAAGAAAUAUUGUUGUUUGUGAUACUGGGGGUUAAAAUUCCUCAAAGGCAACUAUAUAUAGAUUUUAAAAGUCUGAAAAAAAAAUGGCAGUUCUUAUCUAUUUUGUGUAUGUUUUCAUAUAGAGAAAGAGUUUUUUAUGUGCCAAUAACUAUCACUGUAGUGUUUUGUAAAUGGGUGUUAAUAGUGUUGCAGAAUUCUGUAUAUGAGAAUAUACUUUAGCCACAAUGACCUGUUAGUGUGAACAGCGGCAUGUUUUUAAUCUUACUCACACCUCUCAUCAGAGGUGCUCACUCGUUGGCUUCAGUAGAGCUCACUCAUGCCAGGGGAAGUUUGACAAGAGUCAAGCCUCAAGAAUAAGACUUCAUCUAAAUCCCUGCUUUUUCACAUUGUCCCUAGACAGUAUGUUACAUGUGAAUGAUCUGGCACAUGUAAUUUUAAAGCUUCACGUCCAGUUCAGUUACACUCCUUGAUUUUGUUGAGAAACAUUUUGUCAAAAUUUGCUUUGGCUUUUCAUCACAUUUAUAUAAAUAAGGAGCAUACUGAUGAAUUAUGAAUAUUGUCCACCUAUUUCUAAAGGAACCAUCUGUUUCUGAAGCAUUAAAAUGAAGGCAAAUUUCUCUUGCUGCCUUAAACAUGACACAGACUUUGUAGAGGACUGAAUGUAUGAUCAUCAUUGUGACUUCUGCAGGAGAAACUUCAUGGAUCCUCAGCAGGUGUGAAACGAGAUGGUUUCAUGGUGCUGGGGUGCUGUGUUCACUGCGGGCCCUGCCUAGUGCACGCCUGCCUUCUGUUUGAUUUCAGGUGUUCCAAGAGUCCCCAUGAAACUGAUAGGAUUAUUCAUGUGCUUGAUAUUCUCCAUGUGCUCAGUGUCCUGCUGGUCCGGGACAUCGCUGGGAAGUGGCACGAGUCAUGUCUCUGCUUUCCAUUGUGAAUCUCACUCCUCUACAAAAUGGUUAACUGGAUCUUUGUGUGACAAAUGCCGUGUAGAAUAUUUGAGACAUUAUUGGGGACCAAAUUGAUAGUAAUAGUUCCAUGCUGAAUAGUAAUGUGCACAUGGUGCCAUCAGGCACACUGUAAUCCCUGGGCACGGGCUGUGGUAUUCAGUACAAAACAGGUUUUGGCAAAACAAUUUGCUGGGUUGUCCAAGUCAUUUCUGAACCAUAUCAAACAUGUGCCAUUUUAAUUUCCAACCGGUCAAGCCUAUAAUGUAUGAAAGUGUUGUACAUUUUCUGAAACUUAAGUGAUGUAAAAUUAUUUAAUUGACUUCUGAUUGCUUUAAUGAAGUUUGGUCUUUACAUAAAAAUAAAUAUCUUCAAAGAAUUGUCAGUGCCAGAAGUGUAAAUGAACAAAAUAAAAAGUGAGAUACUUAAUUACACAA